UUAACGAUGAUAUGUUAAAGUAUGACUCUGUAUGAAAGUAUGAAGUAUUGAGAAAUCAGGAUCAUACGAAGGGGUUGGCCAUGAAACGAUUGUACAUCGGUGGCCUUGGCCACACAGUGUCUGAGAAGGACCUCAAAGACAGAUUUGGAAAAUUUGGGGAUGUGUCAGAUGUGGAAAUCAUUACGAGGAAAGAUGAGAAUGGAGCUCCUCUGAAAACAUUUGGCUACAUCAACAUAAACAUCACAGAUGCUGAAUACAAAAGAUGUGUAGGCAUCUUAAAUAAAUCCACAUGGAAAGGUGGAACCUUGCUUAUUCAGUUGGCAAAAGAAAGCUUUCUACAUAGACUUGCUGAGGAACGACAGCAACUGGUUGAAAAGGCCAAGACACCAAAGAUCAUCCCUCAGGAGAAAUUAGUGGAUUCGUUUAAAGUGGCCGGCGUUGAGAAUUUCCACAUGAAAGCUGCCGUUCCAGGAACUGAAAUUCCCGGCCAUAAGAAUUGGGUCGUGAGUAAAUUUGGGAGGGUACUUCCUGUCGUGAAUCUGAAGUAUAAAGGAAAGGACAAGGUUUUUAAGUAUGAUCCAUCCAAACACUGCCACAACAUCAAGAGACUGGAGACUGCGGAUGACGUCACAUCAGUGUCCAAGCUGACAUGGGAGAUUAAAGGUGGAGACGAUGAAAUCAGUAAGAAAAGGCGAGGAGAGUUUCCAAAGCAGAAACCGUGUCCCAAAAGAUCCAAAAUAGACUUGAGUUUGUUUCUUAGUGAUUUGGCUCAGAGAAAUGGAAUGAAUGCGGCUGCCACUGGAAACAAAAACAAAGUGGCGAUCCAACAAAAUGGACUCUCUGCUGUAAAGACAGGAAAACAAAAAUCUGUUUGUGUUUUCGACAACGACUCUGACUCUGAAGAUGAAAUCAGAAUGUUGGUUGCUCAAGAACAUUUGAGGAACCCUAAACAAACCUCCACGGAGGAUGACGACGACAACAACCUGGAGGUGGUGGGAGAUGAUUUUGUUGUCAAGUCUAAUGUUUUCUGGGGUGGAGUGGAACAAGAUGAUGUGAAAACGUCCCUACUGACUUCAUCAAAAGACGAUGAGGAAUAUGAUUCUGCGGACACUGAUGAAAUACUCACUCGGAGAAAGACCCAAACACAAGUUGAAUCUGCACCUGUUACUCAAGAUUCCCCAACAGAAUCCAGUAAAAACAAGUCUUCAACUGAAUCUGAUGAUGGUAGUGAUGAGGCAUAUGUUGAUGAUGAUGUUAGUGUAGAUUCUGAUUAUGAAGCCAUGAUGGGGAUCUGCUACCGUUUAGAUCUUUCCCUAGCAGACUUGGAGCAGCUAGCUAAAAAAGCGGAGGUGAUUUCAGAUGAUGAAAGUGUAGAAGAACCCAAAGACGAAGCCAAGACCUCAAGUGCACCACCCAAAAAAACAGGCAAUAACCCAGAAGAUAUUCUCGCUUCUCUUCUUGGAGACGACACCCCUGAGAAAGAAAGUAAGAAGAAGAAUCAGGUAAACACUGUAUCUCUUCCUGCAUUCAUUGGAACGAAGGAUCUCUUUGGAGGUCCAGAGCCAAGCCUGAAAAGAGUCGCCCAAAAUAUAGACGGUGAAUCUCCUAAAAGACUCAAACAAGACCUGAAAUGGAAAGAACAAAGCAUCUCAGAAGAUACAAGUCAACCACAGUCUUCAAACCGUCUGUCUCAACAGAAAUUAUCCACUUUAAAUAUACAAACACCCUCAAAAAAACUUUUUAAAGCGUCCAUCUCAGAAGAUGAUUCUUCUAGUGAAGAAUCAGAAAGUGGUAAUAAAGAUGUCUUCACUUCUAAAACAUCUUCAGCGUCACAAUCGGUAAUCCCUGAAACCAAACUAAAGACUGUCAUCUAUAAUAACUCAAACACCCCAAUCAAACCCAAUCAGACGAAGACCUCCAGAUCCUCCAGCAGUGACUCUUCUAGUGAAGAAUCGGAAUGCAGCGAGGAAGAUGAUAAUGAAGACAGUGCUGGAGUUUUGACUUCUAAAACACCUUCAGUUGCGCAAUCUGUAAAAACCAUCUCUAAAACUGAAAUGAAGACUGUUAGCUCUAACAAUUCAAAGACCCCAGUCAAACCCAAUCAGACGAAGACCUCCAGAUCCUCCAGCAGUGACUCUUCUAGUGAAGAAUCAGAAAGCAGUGAGGAAGAAGAUAAUGCUAAAGUCUCCAGUUCUAAAAUGUCUCCAGCAUCACAAUCAGCAAAACCCAGCCCUGAAACCAAACUAAAAACUAGUAGGUGUAGUAACUCAGUCAAACCCAAGCAGACGAAGACCUCCAGAUCCUCCAGUAGUGACUCUUCUAGUGAAGAAUCAGAAAGCAGCGAGGAAGAAGACAAUGCUAAAGUCCUCACUUCUAAAACGUCUUUAGCAACACAAUUGGCAAGAACCAUCUCAAAAACUGUAAGCUCUAAUAACUCAAUCAAACCCAAGCAGACGAAGACCUCCAGAUCCUCCAGCAGUGACUCUUCUAGUGAGGAAUCGGAAACUAGUGAUGAUGAGAAGUCCAGAACUCAGACAAAAUAUUCUAAACCUGCCAAUUCGAAGAACGUUCAGGAGAAUGUUGUUUCACAUCAAACAGUUCUUCACUCAACUGUGAUAGAUGCUAAGAAACAACUGCAGGACAACCAGAAACGUCUUGCGGCACUGGAGCAACGACAGAAAGAAACCGAGCAACAGAGGAAACUCAUUCAAGGUGCUCUUUCUAACGUGGAUGCAGUGAAAGCGAACAAAAGCAAACACAUUGUGUUUGAUUCUGAUGAUGAAGAAGAAGAGGAUGAAACCACAAGCAGACCAGAACAACCACCAACAAUCUUGAAAAAAAGCCUCUUUGAGGAUGAUUCAGGAUCUAAUGAAGAUCAACAAACGUCCAUGUUGAAAGAAAAGAAAAACAACAAGCCAGGUGGCAGCAAGCUGUUUGACAGUGAAGAUGAGGACGAUGGUUCUGAGGACGAUCGUUUCCAGAUCAAGCCCCAGUUUGAGGGCAAAGCUGGACAGAAGCUCAUGAAGCUGCAGGCCAGAUUCGGAACCGAUUCAAGAUUCCAGGUUGAUUCUAGAUUUCUGGAAAGCGAUGAUGAGUCUGAAGAUCAAGAUGAAGCGGCUCCCGAAAAAGAUGCAGACAAACAACUUCUUGAGGAGAAAAAGAAAAGUCUAGACAUCCUCCAAAGCAUUUUAAACACCAACAUACAACCACAAAACUCCAGAAAGGGCACGAUGUUCAAAGAUGUUUCGAGCCUGCAUUACGACCCGACACAAGAAGAACACACUGCUUUUGAGGCCAAGACAGAGGAACCAAAGAAAGAGAGCAAAGCAGCACGACGAAAGAAACGCAUAGAGGCUGAAAAACUCCCUGAAGUUUCUAAGGACGUCUACUUUGAUAUCUCGGUGGAUUUGAAGGAGGUCUUUGGGACGUCUAAAGAAAACCAGGACGAGAAGGAAACGGUUUCAUGGGAUAAAGAGGCAGAAGAUACUGAAGAUAUAAUGAAACACAUGGAGGUUUCCUUCACUUCUAAUGUAGAAGCAAAAGAAGACUCUUCAGGUGGAUUCAAGUUCUCCUUCUUUGGUGAAGACACCGCUGCGGAGAUGACCACCAAAACAGACGAGUACAAAAUAGAGACAGUAAAAGGAGCCAAGUUCUCUUGGCAAGCGGACCCUCGUUUCCAGGACAGCAGUUCAGACGAGGAAGGAGUGGACGAGGUUGAGGAGGACCAAUCCGCUUCCAGCAAAAUCACAGAGGAACCGACAACAUCAAAAAAGACCUUUUUCUUUUUCUAUCAAAAUGAUGAGCGGUUAAAAGAGGGGCCAGGAAUGUUUUGUAGAAGUGUAAAACUUCAAGACCAGAGGGAAGCCUGGGAACAGAAGAGGACGUCGCUCAGAGAGGAGUGUCGCAAGAAACACAGAGAUGCCAAAAGACGCCAGAGGCCUUCCCUGAAGACCUAAACAAUUUCAAGUAUUCAAAGACAUUUUUUACUCCGAAGAUGACCAGUUUUCAGACAUUUUUGCCGAUUCUGUUUAAUAGAUGUAAUUUAUUAUUCAAAAUCACAGUAUCUAAUGCAUAUUCUCUUUGUAUGAUUAAAAUGAUUUGAGAGAAUAAAAGCUGGUUUGUACCACUAGAGGGUGGUGUGAUAAUACUUUCAUGACUAUUACAGCUGGCUUUAGUGUUUGUUUUCAUUCCCCACUCACUUUCUCCAAACCACAGGAUCAGCCCACAAAGUUGUUUUCUAGAAAACCUACUCUGUGCUUUUUACGUGUUUGCACGUGCCACAUUAAAGAUCAUUUAGUACAUAUGUUUUGCACAGUAGAUCAUGCAAAUGCUUUUUUUUGU